GUAUGAUAAUGAUAAGGGUAUGUUAUGAUACUUGUAGUCUGCUAGGAAAAAUGCUCGGGUAAGUGAGUGAGUGAGAGAGUGAGAGUGAGAGUUCGGGGCCGGUGGUGGUGGUCGGUGAUUGUCGGUGCCGAACUGGGUUUGUUGAGUUUGUGUGGGUAGAUGGAUACAUACUGUGCUCGUAGAGUACGGUGGUCUGCGGUGUGAUGGGUUCUGCGUGAUGCUAAUUUACCGGUAUUGUAAGUAAGUACGAGUAUGAUAUCGUACCGGCACCGGUUCGUGAAGGCGGCACUCGACUAAUCAAUCAUGUCAUGGCCAUGGCAAAGGAAAGGAAACGAAACGGGAAAAAGAAAAAGCAAUGGAAAAGAGAGAGAGAGAGAGAGCAUUCCCGAAAAACCUACUCGUAAAGCCCCCACAAGUCGUCCUUAUCGAUAACGACACAACAAUGAUAUUAUGGGAAUGCCAAGAUUCCCUCCUUCCGCACAGAGAUCUGGCGAGAAGGGAAAAGAAAUUUUUCAUCGAUUUACUGUACGAUGCUGCCGUCCAAAAAACUCCCUGUGGCAGCAAUGAGUGACGUCAGAUCUUAGAGUCUCCGGGUGCGGCUCUGCCGCUGGAUAAGGUGGGCGAUCGUCGUGGGGUACAGCACCGCUCCGGCAACUCAAUGCUUCCGGUAAAAGGCUAAUGGGCUUGACGUCACACAGAAAACAUCGGAGCGCUGGUCCAAGGAGUGGGAAGAAAACAACAACAUUUGCCUUCCUUCCUCUCUCCCUCCCUUAGACCUGGAGACUUUCGAGCAUGUGAGGGUGGGAUGCGGGCACCUGCGAGAUUGCACUUGCUUCGUUCGGGUUGUCGGUGGAACCGUACUGUACGAGUAGAAGUGGCGGAUUCUACGCAAGAAUGAGAGAGGGAGAGGCUGGGACGGGCUAAAUAUGUCACUUCUGCCACUACCGUAUUCUUGUUUUCAGCAUCGUUUCUUCUGUCUAUCACUCUGGUAGACUAUUAUCAGGGCGAAGACAACCACCCCUCGGUGCCGUGACGGCAUACUGACAUCGAUUGUUUUUAUACGGUGCUGUACUCGAGUACAGUGCUCGAGUGGACGAGAGCUCCCGAGAAACGAAGAUUCUCUGGGAAUGGGAAAAUCUAUAAGAUGAGCCCUUAGGCUCCCCUCAGUCGACAGACAUCUCCAUCAUCAUCAUCAACACACACACGAGCAUCCGAACAAUCGCAAAUCUUUUGAACUUCUUUUUGACUUCUCAAAAACAAUCAUCAAUCAUGUCUGAUCUCGGUCGGUACCCUCCAUGGCCCCUUGAAACCUUUCACCAGUUUCUGAUAUCAGUUUAGGGAGAAAGUCUUUCACCGACCAGGCUACCGACAAGGUAACCCCGGAAUCCCAGAAGCCGACCUCUCAGAGGUUGGGAGACACCGCCUCGGGUGCCUACGACAGAGCUGCGGGUGCCGCUCAACCUGGGUAAGUCUUGGUCAAUGGAAUCAACUGCCUACCCUUCACUGACAACCUGUUUCCAUGCAGUUCGCAGAAGUCCUCUGCCCAGGGGGCCAGCGACACCCUGCGUUCGGGCUCCGAUGAUGCCGCAAACCAGUCCAGGGGCAUGGCUCAGUCGGCCGCUGACACUGUCGGCUCUGCCACCCAGGGCGUGAAGGACACCAUGGGCUCUGCUACUGGUAACAGAUAAACCGGAGAUGGGGUUUUAUUUAAGAGAAGAGGGAACUGUUUUCAUCAUGUUGGUGCUGGGCUGAUGGGUGAAUUAUUUUGUGCUAUACACACAGCCAGAACAGUGUUCUCCAGAGUAAUUGAAUUAUAGUUUCAUUAUAAAAAUUUAGUCUGAAAAUUUGAUCUUCU